AUGAAAGCAACUGAAGUUUUUGUUUUUCUUUGGAUUGGUCAUUGGGAUGGCCCACAUGCCACGCGGGAAGCUAUACAACUAUGUUCCAACACAAACAAAUCUGGGAAAAUAAACGCGCGAUCGAGAGUUAAUAAUUCAGAUAUGGCUGCUGGCCGGCGGAAUAGGCUUAAUGAGUAA